AUGGCCAGUCCAAUGUCUAUCGACCAUCCACAUUCGCCCGAAGUUCGCCCUGCAAAAAGCUUGUUGACCAUCGUCGAGAAUGGCAAAGUCCGUGGGUCACCCAUGGCACUCUCUACUAUCACAAACGCCGAUUCUCAUCCUCUCCCACCUCUGUCGGAAGCGGGUGAUGACGCCGCCGGCAUGAUGAACGGCAAACCGGACGGGGACGAGGGCGAGGGUGGAGAAGAGAACAAAAAGGAAGGAGAAGAGGAAGAGGAAGAAGAAGAAGAGUUUGUUCCACGUCGCUCGACUCGUGUCCGCAAACCUGUCAAGAUUCAACCACUCCCUCCCCGUAACUCGGACUCGGACUCAUCUGAUGAUGAACCUGUUCAGCGCCGACGAAGGAGAAGAAAGCCCAAGAAUGCACAGAAGGAGACGAGCGAGGCACCAGAAGGCGAGGAAACGCAAGAAGGUGCCGAGGCCGUGAAGAAGCCCGCAAGAAAGCGCAAACGAUCCACUGCGGGUGGACCAGAGGAAGAAGAUGCCGAGGGUGCAAAGACAGAUGCAGAGCAAGGAGAGCCCGUCAAGAAGCGUGCGAGCAAGAAGAAGAAAAAGGAGGAGACGGAUGGCGAAGCCAUGGAAGUAGACGGUGAAGGUGACGCUACGAAGCAGCCUCGCGCUCGCAAAAAGUCUAUUGCACCUGUAGAAGGAGACGGCACGGCUGAAGGCGAAGAUGCAGACGAACCCGCCAAACCUAAGCGCACACGCAAGCCGAAAGUCACCGAACCUGUUGUCUAUGUCAUUCCAGAUGUCGAACGCAAAACGACGACAUUUAGAGGUCGGUUAGGAUAUGCGUGUCUAAACACGGUUCUACGAGCACAAAAGCCGUCGAUCUUUAGUAGUCGGACAUGCCGAUUGGACACGAUCACCAAGUUUGGUAUCGACAAAGUCAAGGAGCUGGGACGCCAGAAUGUGCAGGAUUUACUGCAAAUGAUUGAGUGGAACGAAAAGAACAACAUUCGCUUCAUGCGCAUGUCAUCUGAAAUGUUCCCAUUCGCCUCGCAUAACGAGCAUGGAUACGACCUCGCCUAUUGCGCGGAAGAGCUCAAGGCCGUUGGCGAUCUCGCGAAAAAAUACGGCCACCGCCUCACCAUGCAUCCCGGACAGUUUACACAACUCGCUUCGCCAAAGGACAAUGUUGUAGAUCAGAGUAUCAAGGAACUCGAAUAUCACGCGGAGAUAAUGGACAGGAUGGGUUUGGAUCAAGACUCGGUCAUGAUUAUCCAUAUGGGUGGUGUAUAUGGUGACAAGGCUACAACGCUCGCGCGCUUCAAGGAGAAUUAUCAAAAGAAGCUGAGCGACCGCGUAAAGCGACGACUCGUACUGGAAAAUGACGAGAUCUGUUACAACGCCGAUGACUUGUUGAAGGUCUGCCCAGAACUAGGGAUACCAAUCGUUUUCGACUAUCAUCACGACUCGAUCAACCCUUCGCGUCGAUCGGCGGCAGAGUUGAUCCCACUCAUCAACGAAACCUGGAUCAGGCGUGGCAUCAAGCCCAAGCAGCACCUCUCGCAGCCACGUCCAGGUGCCGUCACCGCAAUGGAACUUCGCGCACACGCGGACAGAUGCGACACACUCCCAGCAGAUCUGCCCGACGACAUGGACCUAAUGAUCGAGGCAAAGGAUAAAGAACAAGCCGUAUUUGAGCUCUACAGAAUCUAUGGGCUGCAUGAGGUCAUCCACGAGAACCUUCGCCCUCCUGCAGAGGAUCAGGGUAUGAGGACAAAAGGCAGAAAGUCGACAGGCACAAGCAAGAAAGUCAAGAAGGAAGAGACUGCGCCCAAAGUUGAAGAGCAGCCUAUCGACCCUGAGAUGAUCGACGAGCUCGCUGACGACGAUCUCUAA